AGAGUUAGAUGAGGAGCCAAAACUAGAUCCUACUAGUGUCCUUUCCUCACCGAAAUCGAAUGGUCGCGUGCCGUGCCUGAUUUACGCUUUCAGUUUCGUUUUCUCCUUUCUUUUUGGAUUUUAUUGCUCUCCAGUAGUAAACUCUGAAUCCAUUAUGCCACGAGCGUUUCUAAUUAAGAAAAAACAGCAGUGUGCCAAGAGUGGUAUACCUCUGUCCAGGAGUGUCUGGACAGAUGAUGAUUCCAUCGAAACAGAAGAUAUGGAUAAUUCGAGAUACCAAUCUGGUUUCGCGCCUCUCACAGUUGUCACUUCAGAUGCCAAAGGUCCUUACGACUUGAGUAUGAAACCCAAGAAUUUUGAUGAAAAUUCCAAUGACAGCGAGCCUAGGUUAACAAUAUCUCCAAGGCCAAAUAUGAACUUGUCUCAGCAUCCUCCUGCAGCUCUAGUCGCUCCAAAGCCAAUCAAACCUACUCCAAAGACAGCUGAAGAAAUGGCUGCAACCAGACCACACUGGCAACGCCAAAUGAUUUCCCCCUAUUUGCCAUAUAACUAUCCAUUGUAUGCCUAUCCUGGAAGGCCUUCUGAGCUGUAUCCUUACAAUAGUAACCACUAUGCGCCUCCUAGCCAAACUUCUCUGGUUCCUCCACCGCUAGUGCCUUUGGGUUCAACUUCUCCCAAUGCUGAUCGAUAUUCUCCUAACAGAGAACGUUACGAAAUCGUCCACAGGAUCAAUCCAUCGAAUAGUCCGUCCCCUACCGCAGUCUACCCUGGUUGGUACUCUGAUGGUCAAGAUUCCGGUCUAGCCUCCUCACCAAGUCCCAGCUCUGAGGAUGGUGAAGCUGCACAAAAGGCCAAUCCUACGAGGUAUCAAUGCCCUGACUGUAACAAAAGCUACUCCACGUACAGUGGACUGUCCAAGCACAGGCUGAUGCACUGUGCGACUCAAGCCAAGAAGUCUUUCAGUUGUAAAUACUGCGACAAGGUUUACGUUUCUUUGGGUGCUCUCAAAAUGCACAUUAGAACCCACACUCUGCCCUGCAAGUGUAAACUAUGCGGCAAGGCCUUUUCUCGCCCAUGGUUAUUGCAAGGACAUAUUCGCACUCACACAGGUGAAAAGCCUUUCUCUUGCCCUCACUGCAGCCGGGCCUUCGCAGACCGAUCCAACCUCAGGGCUCACCUUCAGACGCAUUCGGAAGUCAAGAAGUACAGAUGCAAGACUUGCAGCAAAACCUUUUCCAGGAUGUCCUUGUUGCUGAAACAUGAGGAUGGAGGCUGUGCAGGUGCUGCUGCUCAGCAGCAAAAUCCUCCUGUUGAAGCAAUGAGUUGGAGCUCUGUUGACCCUGUAGAUGCUGCCAAAUAAUUGAUAACUGACUGUUAUUUUGAAUGAAUGUGCGUGAGAAUGAACAGUCUUCUUUAAAAUGGUUCAUCAAUACGUGUAAAUGAAAAGAGACUGUAUAAUUUAAGUGGUAUGAAUGAGAAGAAAAAAAAUCAAUCCGAACCAAUUAAUUUUACAAAGUGAUUAUUUAUAAAAUUUUAUUUAGAAUUUUUUUUUCUGAAAAGAAAUAAGUGGUAGUUUGAAACUAUAAAUCCAUUUAUUGAUUUUCUUUAUAUGUUUUUAGAUUUGUCCCUAUAUGUACCUGAUGUUCAAUAGGAAAAACUUCAAUUCAGGUAUAACAGAGGAGAAAUGUAAUAUAUAUAUAUAUUUAAAAUGUAAAUUAGAAAUAUAUUUUUCUGCAUAUAAUAUAGAGAAUAUAAGAAUUAAAUUAUAAUUGUUUUAUGCAGAAGAAAUUUUGAUUCAUCAGAAUGAAGUUUAGACUGUGAGAGAGCUGUACGAUUGAAUGAAUGUAUGAUAUUUAUAUUUAUAAAAUUAUGAGAGUAUACUAGUCUUUUAGCUAGAUCUACUUGAAACACAUUCCAGAAAGCUGCAUUUAUAUUUAUAACUGAUAAAUCUGCCACUGCUUUCUUAGAUUUAUAAACUUGACUUUGGUUUUCUUAUAAAUUAAUUUAAAUUUUAUUUUCAAUAAGACGUUUUAUCUUAAAAGUUUAAAAGAAAAAUAUUUCUUUAACAAUAGAAACAGAUAAUUUCAAAAAUCAAAUCUAUUUUAUUAAUACAUUCAAGGAAUGCAAAGAAAAUUAAUCUACUAACCAUUUUAUUUUCCAAUUACUUAUCUUUCCUUCAAUGCUAAUUCGAAAUGUAAACAUUGUGAUGAAUUUUUCAUCACCCUAAUUACUCGUAUUAGAAGUGAAAAGAGAAAAAUCCUUCGGGUUGUAUUGGGUCCUUCCGGCGACAAGACUACCUUUUAAUGAAGUCCUUGUUAAAUUUCGAAUGCUAAACUCUCCAAGCUACCUGUCCACCUGUUCUGGUUUUCCUGCUACCUUCUGAUUCGGAAGGUCGUUGAUGUGUUGUUUGUGGCUUAGGAGGCGUCACCUAGCCUUGCACCUGUUGCACAGGAAUGUUCCAUUAAGGCGGUUCAAGGUUCAACCAACGACUUGUUGUCUUUGACUGUUUCUCUCUAAUUGAGCCUCCCCUCCAGCUGUGCCGGUUCUGUUCUCAUCUCUUCUAACUUUCAUCUCGAGCAUACUGACCUACAUCAAUUUUCAACUUAGGCAGAUAAAUUCUCGAACAACCACCUGGCGCACAAACUUUCACAACUCUUCAUGGAAGCAUGAUCUUUGCAGUCUAAAAAUUCCCCAUAAUUCCCCAUUUAAGUUGAUAAAAAAAAUAUUAUUGGUUUUUACUUUGAUCUAUUUAGUCUCUAAUGUAAUAUUUAGUAUAAGAUAAUGUUCCAAAAUUAUUUUAAAUUGAUAAAAUAACCUUCUUUUAACAAUUCUGUUUGUUUUUUCUUCUAAGUGCAUUAUUAAAAAUAAUCAAAAAUUCAAAAUGACUUCUUUAAUGUCGGUCCGAUUCCUUGAAUUCAAAAUUUUAAAUUUAUAAGCUGGCAAACAAUAUACUUUACGACAUUUUCCAUUAAAAAUGCACUUUAUGCCAUUUUUUAUUUUUUAUUUUUAAGACCUCAAGUCGGAAAUUUUAAUACAGUACUUUUCCGAGUAUCCGGCCUAAAGUGGUGGAAGGACUGACUGGAUAACAAAAACACCGGACAGGCCAGAGUUCUGCGAAUCUAUUUCUUUGCCCACCAAUACUAGAAAACAAAGAUUUUAUAUCAAAACUCACUUUUCACACUUCAGUACCAAGCCCUCCAUUUAUCUCAAUGUGGACGCAGUCGCUGCCCAUUGAAUCAUAGAAGCAGUUGCGGUUUGUCGAAUUAAAACAGAGGGCUCUGUACUGGUAAUUUAUAUUAAUUUAUAUACUGCACUGCAUGAUUCAAGAAUUUAUUAGAGAAAAAGUAAGUUAAAGGCUAUAAACUUUUCACAUUUUAACAUAAAUUCUGUAAUGCCUAACUUAAAUGCAGAAAAUGUAAACAAAAUCUUAACGUAAAUCGUAAGCAUAAUUCUAAAUUCUACUAAUCGUAAGCCUCAAACUAUUUAUUUUUCACUGAUAAAUGAUUACGCAGAUAUGAAAAAGUAACCUUAAGAUAAGAGUCAAAACUUAGAGUUUUGAAGUCUUUAAUAGAUGACUUAAUAAACGCCUUGCCUUCCUCAUUUCAUUACGAUAAAAGAAAGCUAAGCCGGAUACUCGAAAAUGUACUAUAAUUCCUAAAAUUAUGAGGUAUUAUUAAGCACCGGCGCUGGUUAAUUUCUGUAACGAAAUUUCUCUUUAAUUAAAUUAGGAACAAUUAUUCAGAGAAAUAAUUUUAGUCCUAACUAGCACCCCACAUAAACAUUCUUUGGUGUAUAUCAUUAUUUUUUACUGUGUGCACAAUGCUCCAGGUUUUGCGAUACAAGUAAUAGCUCAAUAUUACUUUUAAUAUGUAUAUUAGAGUACGUAUACAGUUUUAUAAAAAGAAAAAUAUAAAUGCCUUAUCGUGAAUUUAAGUGCCAUUGCUUACUUGAGAAGUUAAAAAAUUAAUGUGAAGUCAAGUUAUAUAUUUUGUAAAUAUGUGUUUGUGUGAAGAUGUUAUAAUCUAUUGAUAAGCUAGUCAAUUCUAUGUGUUACGUGUGGCGUCAUUUUUUUUAUAUAUAUAUAUAUAAACUAUGUUUGUAGAUUCUAAAUAUUCCAAUUUUCAAAGUGAAUUCCGUGCCAUGAUCUUCCUUUCACCAAUAUAAUGGUGAGCACUUCGUCACAUGCUUUAGUCAUUUAAUUUAGCAAUUAGAAAACUAGUAAUGUUCACAUUUCCUAUUUUGAAAAAUCACGCAAUUUAUUAUUAAGUAGGGCAUGUACUUUGGUUUAUUUUCAGCUACCUGAAUAAUGAUGCUUUGAAUAAGUUACACGAUGGUUGGUAUAUAAAUUGAAAUAAAAAAGGAAGAUGUAAUAUUCAAUUUUUAUUAAUUGUAAAAUAAAAUUCAUAGUGCGUUUUGAAUGGGUUAUACCCAAAAAUAAAUAUUUUCAAAAAGCAAAUGUCACUUAUUGAUCAAAAGUAAAGUUAAUAAUCUUGAAAUUCGAUGUGAAAUUUAAUUUAUAUGACAAUAAUGAAUAAUUUUUUUUCUUGUAAAAACAGAAAUUUGUAUUUUCAAACUGAAAUUCUUAUUAAAUAUAGUUAAUGAAUUAUAUUUUAUUUAUGACAGAGGAAAAAAUUUCAAAUACGAAAAGUUUUCUUCUAAAAAUCUUUUGAUUAAUAUUUAUAAAAAAUUUAAAUAUUCUUCGAAUUAUGAUUCAGAUGACAUUUUAAUGUUGUUUUUAAUACACCUUCUUAUUCAAAGCAUCACUUUCUUUUUUGUUUCUCUAGCACAAAAUAUGUGUUUUCAAUCAUAUAUUUUCAACUAUUAUAUAUUUAAUGCCUUUUGUUUUUUCGUGCUUUACAUGCCUUAUGGUGUAAAGUAACCUAUGGCCUCAAAAACAGCAUAUGUGCCUUUUUUCAGUGCCUCUUCCUUUAAUGUGAAAGAAAACAAAAAGAGGACCGUUUUUCAAAAUAUUGUGCCUCUGUCAAUCCGUCUGUAAGCAAAUCUAUGUUAAACCGACGUUGCUUGUUAUAAGUUGAUAAAUAUCCUGUGCUUGAAGCCUCAGGUAUUAUUUUGAUGAAAAUGUUGAAUAGUCAUUUUUAUGUAUAUAGAUGGACGACGAUGCCGUUGCACUUGC